AUGGCAUCUGAUGCUCAAGUCCUCGAUUUCAUUAGACAACAUCUUCUCGACGAGUUUUCGCCCGAAGAGAAUUUUCUCAAUUAUUUCAAUGAUCAUCAUGAUGUUGUUCAUUGUCCUCGGUCUUCUUCCUCGUCCUCGUCCUCGUCCUCAUCAUCAUCGUCCUCAUCAGAAACCCUGAUUUCUGAUUAUUUUACGCGGGAUAAACAAAACGAGACGAAAAUUUUACGUUCACCUGAAUUAUUGAAUUUUAGUGAAAGCAUGCAAAAGCCCGAAAAAUCAACCGAAAAGGACCUCCCUCGUCAGAACAAAUUCGACUUGACAAGCUCAACCACACAGAACUCGAAAACAAGUGCAGAAGAGGAGAGGAGGCACUAUAGGGGAGUCCGAAAGAGGCCGUGGGGGAAGUUUGCUGCGGAGAUUCGAGACCCUAACAGAAGAGGCUCAAGAUUAUGGUUAGGUACUUAUGACAGUCUAGUUGAUGCAGCCAAGGCUUAUGAUCGAGCCGCUUACAAUCUUCGCGGAAGGAAAGCGAUUCUUAAUUUUCCAUUAGACGUCGUGAAUUCUAACAAUGUUGGCACCACUGAAGACGGUGGAAGAAAAAGAGCCAGAGAGGCUAUUGAUGUUGAAGAUUACAGUACUGUCAUGCCGAAUUCGAAAGUUUCUUCUCAGAGCAUGGUCGCCGAUGAAAAUGAAUCGGAUCAUUUAUCUGGACCUAAGGGAGAUAUGAGCUGUCUUUGGGAAGAUCAAAUUAAUUUUUCGAAUUUUCCUCCAAUGUCGUUUUGA